GUAAAUUUAUAUUAUCUCUGUUGUUCUCAAAAUGUAUUUUUUGUAAUUGCUUAAAAUUUGUUGUUCAACAUUUAUAGGCAGUUAUCAUCAAUAUAAAAUUUUUUUUUCUUUUAUAUGAGUUCCUUGUUUUAUCUUUAUGGACAUCAUAGCUGUUCAGUAUAUUGUUCGGAGGGUCUGAACAUUUACCACUGCUUCUAAAUUGUGGUGAUAAUAAAGCAAUAAAAUCACAAAACCUCGCUUCUACAGAACUGCUUGAUCAGCUCUUGGCGAAACCUGGUGGUGCUUUUCUCUUUUCUUGGAGAAAUUAUUGAAUGAUUUUGAAUAAUGUCUCUCUAUGAUGGACUUGGAUUGGAUUCUAAAGAGAAGGUUCAGAGAGAUCCUAAAAAUGAUCUUGUUGGAUGGUCUUCUGGUAUUAAGUUAUUACAGUCUCAAUUGCAACUCAAGAAAGCAGCAUUGACCCAAGCAAAGAAAGAACAAAUGAAAAAAGGUGGGACCGUUCUGCCUCCAGUUGUUGAUUUAAAGUCCAGAAGAGAUGAUUCAGAAGAAAUACACUCACCCAUAUUGGGUCUUGGGCCAAAAGAAAGUAAAGGAAAUACAACUUUACUUGGAGGAGAGUGGGACAUCAGACAAGAAUAUGAACCACUUUGGCCCAACGACUACGAAAGAAUAAUGCGAGACAGAAGUGAAAGAGAUAGGAAGAGUAAUCGAGAACGAGAACGUGACAAUAGAGACAGAGAUCGAGAUAGGGAUCGUGAUAGAGAUAGAGAUCGAGACAGGGAAAGGGAUCGUGAUUAUGUUCGAGGAGAUUACGAGGAAAAGCCUAGAAGAAACGAUAGAUACAACAGAAGAGAUAGAUAUGAUCGAAAUCGAGAUUACGAUAGAAAUAAUAGGGAGCUGGAAAGACCACCACCUGAGGAAGAAUAUGAAGAUGAUCGUCCUCGCAGGGUUCCAAAUGCUGGUGCAGCAAUUGCACCGCCCCCCUCCUUAUUGGAAACAGCUGAAAAAAGGGAACCUGCGUCGAUACCUUCCAUCCCAUUUCAGUCUGGGAGUUCUGUGGCUGCUAGAAUUAUGGCUAAAUAUGGCUUUAAAGAAGGUCAAGGUUUAGGAAAAAAAGAACAGGGGAUGAGUCAAGCCUUACAAGUAGAGAAAACCAGUAAAAGAGGUGGAAAAAUCAUCCAUGAAAAAGAUAUUGCUAAAAUGUCAGAUGCUCAACCUCCAUCUCCACCAGAGUUCCAAGCCCCAGCCCCUCUUCCACCCCCCUCAAUUAAUUCUCCAGCUUCAGGCUCGCAAGUUGAUUCAAUAACUGAAAUAAUGAAAUGUCCAUCGAAAGUUGUUCUUUUAAGAAACAUGGUUGGUCCUGGAGAAGUGGAUGAAGAAUUAGAGCCAGAGACUAAAGAAGAAUGUGGUAAAUAUGGUGAAGUAAUUAAAUGUGUAAUCUUUGAAAUACCUGGUGGGAAUGUCCCCGAAGAAGAAUCCGUGAGAAUAUUUAUAGAAUUUAAGCGGUUGGAAUCUGCUAUUAAAGCUGUUGUUGAUUUGAAUGGACGUUAUUUUGGAGGCAGAGUUGUUAAAGCUGGUUUUUAUGAUGUAGAUAAAUUUCAACGACUAGAACUUGCUGAAUAAAAAUUUAUAAUUACUGCUGGACAUAUUCUUCUGUUUUUUUUUUCUUUCUAUGCAGAAUCAUAAUAUGUAAAAUAUUAAUCAUGUACAUGCCGAUUUAUCAUCUCUUUUUUUGCCAUUUUAAUAAAUAAUUUUAAAUAUGUACAA